AUGGUAGGAAAUGAUAAUAAAAAAUCAAGAAAAGAAUUUAAUAAUAUUGCUUCAAUGAAUAGUCCAAAUUUUAAUAAUAAUAAUACUAAUGAAGUAAUAAAAGAAAAUAAUAAUAAUAAUAAUAAUAAUAAUAAUAAUAAUAAUAAUAAUAAUAAUAAUAAUAAUAAUAAUAAUAAUAAUAAUAAUAAUAAUAAUAAUAAUAAUAAUAAUAAUAAUAAUAAUAAUAAUAAUAAUAAUAAUGUUAAUGAAAAUUUGGAAAAUAAUCAAAAUAUAAUUGAAGAAUAUGAUUUAAAUAUAUUAAAAUUUUCACAAAGUGAAAUUUCAGAAUUUGAAAUUAAAGAGAAUGUAAAAAAUAUUAAUAAAUUUAUUAAAAAAUAUAAUCGUUCAGCAAAAUUAUCAAAGGUUGAAAACGAAAGAUUAAAAAAAAUAAAUGAAAUUAUAUAUUUAACCCCACCUCCUACCCCACAACCAGCAGUAUCUCCUACCAAUUCCACUAAUUCAUUAGAAUCUUUAGAUUUAUUUAAUAAUAAUAAUAAAAAAGAAAUAAAUAAUUUUAUAAUAAUAAAUAAAGAUGAUUAUAAUUUAUUAUUGUCAUUAUAUAAUAUAAUUUCAACAAGAGUACCAAGAACUCAUAAAAAAAAGAAAUCAUUAAAUAGUUAUUAUUUAGAUUCACAAGGUAAAAUUAAAUUAUUUUUUUAUGGAUAUGAAUUUAUUGAAUGGAUAAUUCAUUCUAAAAAAAAUAAAAUUACAAGAAAUAAAGCAAUUAGAAUAGCACAAGCUUUGGUAAUGUUAUUUAUAAUAUCAAGAGUGAAAUUACUAGAUACCGAUAGUACUAAAAUAAUAUCACAUAAGAAAUUAUUAUUCAAAGAUGAUAGAACUUGUUAUACUCUAAUUAAUUAUAAAAAUAUUGAAAAUUAUUAUCAAUAUAAUAAAUACUUAAAUGAAAUGUUUCACAAAUGUAAAAUUAAAGUUAACCAUCCUUUUGAAUUAGUUCAUAUAAUUUUUUCAAUACCAUUUUGUUCAUCAUCAUCAUCAUCAUCAUCAUCAUCAUCAUCAUCAUCAACUAAUAAUAAUCAUAAUAAUAAUAAUUUUCAUAGUCAUGAUGAUUGUUGUCAAGUGAAGGAUGGGAAUUGUAAUUGUCAAAAAUGUAAAGAUUUACUUUGUCAAAAUAAGAAUGAAAUUGAUAUUGAAACUGCAAAAAAAAUAAUUCAAAAUACUUUUUUACCAACAAUUCCAAUACAAUUAAACAUCAGUAUGGCCAGUGGUGAUAGUAGUAGUAGUAUUAGUAGUAGUGGUAGUUCACCAAAUUUAGAAAUUCCAAGAAAUAAUGGUGAUAAUGUUGAAAACUUUUUAGAUGAUGAUGAUGAUGAUGAUGAUGAUAGUGAUGAUAAAAUUAUAAAAUUUAUUAAUGUUAAAGAUUCAGUUAGAACAUUUCCAAUAUAUAAUAAAGAUUAUUCGAAUCAAAUAUUUAGAAAAACAAUUGAUAUUUCAAAUUUAAAAAAUAAUGAUGAUAAUAAUAAUAAUAAUAAUAAUAAUAAUAAUAAUAAUAAUAAUAAUAAUAAUAAUAAUAAUAAUAAUAAUAAUAAUAAUAAUAAUAAUAAUAAUAAUAAUAAUAAUAAAGUGGUUUUUAAGAAAAUGGAGAAUGAGACUAUUGAAAAUUUAGAUAAAAAUAAAACAAUUAUAAAGGAACAUUUUAGUGAUGAUGAAGAAUUUGAUGUAUCGAUUUACUCUUGGUCAAGGUAUGUACCAGUGUUGAUAUUUCUAGUGGUUUUAUCAACUAGUGCAUUAGCAUUACAACAUAGGUAUUUAUCGGAUAUAUUCAAUUAUCCAAGUUUAAUUUAUAAAAUCAUUGCAGGCAUUGCAGCAUUUCUAUGGAUUGUCGCCUUUAUAUUGGUGAUAACCAGUUCAUUAUUAAAUUUACAAUAUACAAUAUCAAAUUUGAAAUGGGGUUUAAAUGUGACAAUAUACGGUAGUGUUGCAAUGUCUUUAUUGCAAAUUGCAGACCUGUCAAUAGCAUUGAGUAAAACAUUUGCCAAAGUUUUAUAUUGGACUGGUGUUGGUAUACAUGUGUUCUCAAUUUGCAUGCUUUACUAUCAAGUAUAUGUAAGAAUAAAAAAUAAAAGACCGAUUUCUUUAUCACCAACUUAUAUUUUCUCGGGGGCUGCCUUAAUUGUAAUGGCAUUCACAGGCGCCCAUUUGGGGUAUACUGCAUUCUCAUGGACGGUGUUUGGAAUUGGUAGUGUGUCUUGUUUUGUCAUUAAAAUCAUCAUUUUGUUUCAAUACACUAUUCAAGGGUUUAAAGGCAAGUUUCAACCAUUCGAUCAAUUACCAUCACAAAAUAUUUUCAUUGGUUCUGAAUCACUCUGUUUCACUUCAUUCAUCGCACUUCAUGAUGGGUUAUCAAAAUUUGGUAGAUAUAUCUAUUUAUCAGUAUUUAUCAAUUACUUCAUUGUUGUUAUACUUUGGAUUGUUAUCAUCAUUCAUUCAGAUCCAAAAGAUCCAAUUAAAUUCUCACUUGGUUUCUUUGGUUUUGGGUUCCCAAUUUUAUCAAUGGCAACAGCUUCACUCUAUUAUUACAACUAUACAAAAUAUACUGCUACAAAGAUUAUGGCAUUUUUCUUAAUUUCAACUAGUAAUUUCACUUUUCUAAUCUUAUUAGGUCUUACCAUUUAUUAUGGUUUAAAUAAAAAUUUAUUCAUAAUUUCAAGAUAUUCAAAAUCAACUAAUCUAUCUCCAAAAUUUGUAUCUUCUUCAAAGAAGGUUUUCACUUCAAAAUCUUUAAAAUAA